AUGACGCAUGAAGAACAUGAACUGAAUGAAACUAGGGAAAUUGAAAGGUUAUAUUAUAAACUGAAUACGCCGAGAAGUCGAUCAAGGCUAUGUUUCUUGUUUUAUUUAUUCAUCAUUCCACUUUUUAUCAUUAUUGGUGGUGUUACUUUUUCGUUAUCAGAAUUAGUCGCAUCACAAGAAGCAGAAAUAGGAAAUGCUCAAAUUGAAAAUUGCCAUCGAAAAAAAUUAUUCGAAUUGCUACCAACGGAAACAUUUGCUUUUGGAAAUGCAGCACUGUACUCAUUUGGUGUAUACACAACGAUCGGUUAUGGAAAUUUGUUUCCACACACUGUACAAGGUCGUAUAUUAACUGUAAUAUACGCUGUCAUUGGCAUUCCCUUAAAUGUGGCAUUUAUCUCAGAUCUUGGAGAAUUAAUUGCUCGAACAGUACAACGUGCGCUGCACUGUUUUCAACGACGUAUUCUAAAUAAAACAACAGAAGAUCCAUGUAUCGAAUAUAAAAAAUUUGCAUUAAUUGUAUUAAUUGCAUUCUUGCUUACUCCAAUAAUUGCUAUUAUUGUUAUGGAAGCAGAGCGUUCAAGAAAUUGGAAUUAUAUCGAUUCAUUAUAUUAUACAUUCACGACGUCAACAUUAAUUGGAUUAGGCGAUUUCACCCCUCAAUCAUCUUAUAUUCAAUUUUUUGUUUUAAUCCCACUUUUCUUUAUUGUUGAAACUUUAUUUGCAUUAGCGCUUGGUUUUAUUACGCAUCUGUACCGAUAUGAAUCAGUAAUACUGUUCAAAUUAAUUAAACACAAAAUUUCGAGAUUUUUUUUGCAUCGUCGUUUACAGUUCAUAAAAAGUACACUUCAUGGAGAAGAUUUGCGGAACACACAAGAAUUUAUUAAAUUAAAUGCAGAAAAUGAUGCAACAAAUGGUACUUUAACUGCUGAUGCAAACAUUGAUGAUGCAAUUGCUAAAUUAUCUGCUCGUGAAAUGCGUAUGGAUGAAAAAAUUGACAGAGAAAUACAAAUGUUAGAAGCAAUACCAAGUCAAAUUGAUGUGGGAAUAUUGAAUGCACAAAUGAAAAGUGAUAGUGAUGAUAAGCAAAGAUUUCGUUAUACAAUGAAGAAUUGGUUGAAUCAUAAAGAAAAUGAAAAUAUGAAAUAA